UUUUUAUAUAUUUGUAACCUUUCAUAUUUUAGAAAUAAAAGUAAGAGGAAAGUAAUUAACCAUGGACCCGAUGAAGAUUAUGGACAAGUUUACACAGAAAAAGAAAUUGUCGAUAUGCCUGUUUCUAAGUUUGAAGAUAAAAAAAAUGAAUUUUUGACAAAAAUUCGACUCGCUGAUAAUCAAAUAGAUCAAUUAAAAAAUAGAACAAUAGGCCAAUCAAAUUGUGAUGAAUGGCGUAGACAACGAAAAUUUCGAUUAACAGCUUCGAAUUUCGGUAAAGUUGUCAAACUUCGAGCUUCUACAUCUCGAGCAAAUACUGUAAAGUAUAUUUUAUACGACUUUUUCCAAGGCAAUGCUUCUACUAGGUAUGGUAUUCAAAGUGAACCAUUGGCAAAAGAAGUUUUACAACACAGGCUUGGUGUGAAUAAUAAAGCUUGUAGUUUAUUUGUUCAUAAAACUUUGCAAUUCUUAGCAGCUAGCCCUGAUGGUUUAAUUGAUGACGAUUCAAUUGUUGAAAUCAAAUGUCCAGCUUCAAUAAUAAAAGAUUUCACACCAAAAGAA